AUGUGUGCCCUGCCAUUUUUAGUUGGGUUCAUGGUUUCACCGCUUGUUUCACAUCACGGCAUACACAGUGGUGGGCACUUGAUUUGUUCACUGUUCCGCUCCAUUUUUCUUCUGAUGCUAGCAAGAGAAGCUGAGCAUUGGGUUCCACACUUCAACUCAUAUGUAGUAGCAGGUUCCUUUCGCUGAAGCAGUUUCGUUUCUCUGAAUUUCUGUGCUGCCAAGAGCCCAAGACUUGCCCCCCCCCCCCCCCGCUCUCUCUCUCUGAGUGUGCAAGUGCAAAGAGACAAAGUCAUUAUUAGCUACAACCAUCACCAGAACUUCCGGCUUUACCUGCAGUUUUGUAUGUUUCUGCUUUUGCCAACUGCUUUUGCCAACUUCAUUCAACUCCAUCAGUUUUGACAAUGUUCAACACCUAUAAUCGUGCCUCGUUUUAAUGUUGAAAUCUUCAGCAGCUGAUCCCUCAUAUCACCUCUAUGAUAUCUUUUGAUUGCCUUUUCGUGCCUGUCUAUAGUUUAAAGACCUUAAUGAUGGCAUCAUUUUGUACUAAUCUGCCUGAAAAAAAUGUGGCAUGGUAUUGCAUUCUACUAGCACUGCUAGUUUUCAAGGCGCUGUCCUCACUCUGUAUCUUUACAGUAUCCUGAACUGAAUUUAGUUUAGUUGUCAAGUCCGUUUACUGUAACCAUCAUUAUGCAAGUGGCAGAAGAUAGGCCCCUUCAUCCCUUGCUGGGCCAAGGAUGAUAUUCUUCACUUUCAUGCUUCCCUGGCCCUCUUUUAGGAGAAAAAAGAGUGUGGUUGCUACCGAACAAAUGUGUAGUGCAGUGUAGGGCAUUUUGCAGUGGGGUUUAUUCAUUUGCAAAGGAUCAUCUUUCUGAUGGCUUGUAGCUUUCAUUAAACUUUUGGGGAAGAUAGUUUCAGGGCUUCACAAAUAGUCAAGGAGAUGAACUUCAUCUUCUCAUGGUUUUCGACUUGCACGUGGAUAACCUAUGCUUGAGUUCCCUGUUGAUACAUGUAGUUGGUUCAGGUCAUCUACCCAUUCGGUGGCUUCAGCAGCAGUGUUCUUCCUGUCAACAAGCAAUCUUUCUACAGUUUUAGCUCUGUAGCCAUGAUACAAGCAUGACUGGUUCUUGAACAUUACAAGGCUUUGGAGAGAUGGGAUGUGCUGCUUCCAGGUUAGAAGAUGAGGAGGCUGUCAAGAUGUGCCGGGACAGAAGGGAAUUCAUCAAGCAGGCACUGGAGCAGCGCAACCGAUUUGCAUCAUCUCACAUUGCCUACAUUGAGUCACUUAAGCGCGUUUCAAUGGCUCUCCAGCGUUUUGUUGCUGGAGAUGAUCACCAUGAACUCAUUUUCGAUACAUUCAUCUCUCCUGUCAAGCAACAGAAGCCAGAGAUGCUCGGCCUACCUUAUGGUUCAUAUGAGAAGAGAACCAUUCAUGUCUCAAGGUACUUGAGGUCUGGACCUAACCCAUCAGUGUCAGUUGAGGAGCAUCCACGACCGGUGGAAACAGUCCGUGUCGAAUCACAUUAUCCCAUGGACAACUACAGUGGCACGGAUAGGUUCUUCCAGACUCAUUCCUCACCGAUGAGAUCGUCUUCAUACUACCCGCCACCUUAUAACAGGCCAAGCUAUCCGCCUCCAUCUGCCCAGGAACCAGCGAGGAAUUCUUCCUAUUACAUGCCUUAUGACAGGCCAAGCUAUGCACCUCCAUCACCCCAGGAGCCAAUGAGGACAUCUUAUUAUGCAUCUCAUGACAGGGCAAGCUACCCACCACCAUCACCCCAGGAGACAGUGAGGAAUUCUUAUCACACAUCAUAUGACAGGCCAAGCUAUCCACCUCCCUCACCCCAGGAGCAGGAAUCAUCACCAUGGGACUUCUUCUGGAACCCAUUCUCGUCGCUAGAAAGCUUUGCAUAUCCUCGCCCUCGGAGUAGCUAUGAAAAUGUGGUCACUGAUGAUGAAUUGGCACGGUUACAGCAGGUACGAGAGGAGGAAGGAAUUCCAGAACUCGAAGAGGAAGAUGAUGAGUGUCAAGAUCAUGUACCAAUGAACAAAAAAGAGGAAAAAGAACAGCAUGACAAUGAGGAAGAUGAAGACGAUGAGGAAGAUGAUGAUGAGGAAUGUGAGCAUUCAGAUGAGUGUAUGGCUUCUAAUGAGGGUGCUUGCUCUGUGAAUUUUGAGGUCAAUACCAAGCAAGAAACAAAGGGAUUUGAAUCCAAAGGUGUUCAGUGUACUGAACCACCUCAACCUCGCAAGACAGUAGAACUUGAGAUAAAGGCACACAAGAAAGAACUGAUGAGGAACAAAGUAGCAAAUGCAGAAGAAACUCCUGGUUUCACAGUAUAUCUGAAUCGAAGGCCAGCAAGCUUGGUUGAGGCCAUGAAGGAUAUCGGCUGUCAGUUCUUGGGGAUAUGUGACGCUGCUCGGGAAGUCUCAGUGAUGUUGGAGGCAAGUAGAGCUCAGUACUCAACCUCAAACGAUCUUUCUGCGAAGAUGCUGAACCCGGUUGCACUUUUGCGCUCUGCAUCAUCGCGGUCAUCAUCUUCCCGUUUCCUUCUUGCUUCUUCUAGCUCAAUAGAUGAUCUCUUUGACAAUGAGACAAGCAGCUCUUACUCUGAAGAAUCUUGUAGUACAAUGUCUGGAAGUCACCACUCUACCUUGGAUAGAUUGUAUACAUGGGAGAAGAAAUUAUACAAAGAAGUGAAGGCGGGUGAGCGGCUAAGAAUCGAGUAUGAGAAGAGAUUGACACAUUUGAGGAACCAGGAUGCGAAAGGUGAAGAACCUUCCUCUGUCGAUAAGACUCGUGCAGCAUUGAGAAGCUUGCAUACUCGGUUGAAGGUGUCAAUACACACAGUUCAGUCAAUAUCAAGGAGGAUUGAAGUUCUGAGGGAUGAGGAGUUGCAUCCUCAGCUUAUGGAAUUGAUCCACGGGCUCUCCCGGAUGUGGCGUGCCAUGGCUGAACGCCACAAGGCUCAGAAACGCACGAUCGAGGACACCAAACUUCUCUUCCUCCAGCACCACCCCUCCGCCGCCACUGUCAUCUCCCUUGGCCCGUUGGAAGCUGCAACUCCCCCUCCGGCUGCCUUGGCGCUAGAAAGCGAGAUCCAGGCUUGGCGAGGAGCCCUGGAGACCUGGCUGUCGGCGCAGCGUGCCUACGCGCGCGCCCUGGCCGCGUGGGCGCGCCGCUGCGUCGGCAUCAGGGGCGAGGUGUUCCCUACACAUGCCGCGGCCGCGCUGCCGCCAGCGUUCCUGGUGUGCAUGGAGUGGGGGCGCGCGGUGGACGCGGCGACGGAGGCACGGGUGAUGGACGGGUUGGACUUCUUCGUGGCCGGCGUCGGUUCCGUGUGCUCUGGCGCGGCCACCGGGAUGGAGGACAUGGCCGGGCGCGUGCUGUGCGCUGGAAUGGCCGCGGUCACUGGCGCCAUGGCCGAGUUCGCCGCGGCGUCCGCGGACAGCUACGACACGGCUGUCACGGCCGUGAUCGCCGCGGCCCGUGCGCAGGAGCGCGCGCGGGAGGACGGCGUGGGACAACCGCCAAGGACGGAUGGCUAGGUGGAGAGACAUUGACCCUCCAGAAGCGGAAGACAGUUUAACAUUAGGAGAUACCGCGCCGACGGUGGCAAAUGAUGAGUAGCACAAGAGAAUUAAGCACCCGAUUGCAUUUGUAGUCUUGUAAUUGAUAAUAAUGCAAUUACAAGACUAACUCUCUUCUUGCUAAUGAUUGCUUAUAGCUUCAUCACUAGCAGCAGUGAGAAAGCCAUUAACGUUGGAGUUCUUGAUGCUUGUGUUUCA